AUGGAGAAGUACGGAUACUCGUUCUUCGAGCCAGCAUAUGCACCGGUCCAGAUCCCUGGUCGUGGAGUUGGCUUCGUCGCCACUCCACCAGCAGCACCAAUUCUGGUACCAGUAGCAGUAGCACCACCACCAAUCCUCCCAGCUCUUCCAAACCUCUCGUUCCUCCCAUCUCUCGCCUCUCUCGCCUCUCUCACCACUCUCCCAUCUUUUCCCACCACUCCCACCUCCAGCCGUCCCGACUCCGACCUCGACAUGAUCGCCACCUCAACCACAGCCACCCGUCUCAUCCGCUCCUGUUGUUGGGAAGAAGACCAGCAAGUUCUUUUCACGGCUGGCCGACAACUUCAACGUCAGCAGUGGACCGAUUCGACGAAGGUGCUAGAGGAGGAAAGGGGACGCGUUGAGACGAGAAUGAAGGAGCGUGUCUACGAGUGA